UUUAUGAAUGGGAACUUCUUUUUUUAUAGUGUGUGUCCUCCUGACUGACAGUGAAUGGGUUAAAGAGGAACCUGAAGCAGGGAGGAGGGCAGCACCUACUCAUCUCUACCUCCUACUCUGAUGAAGAUGCUGCAGCUAUGGUGCUGGUGGGGAACACGUUGGCACCAAGGGGGUUAGUGUGGGCAACAAAAGAAGUCCAUCUCUAACUCCUCAUUGAGUCCAGAAGACCUGCCCACUGCUUAUCAACAGCACAGCAGUCCUUGUAGACAUCCAGUUUGGUCCUGAUAGCCUCACCCAACUGAACAGAGAUGAUGGAGGUGAACAGGACCUGUCUUGACUGCUGGACACCUGGAACAGCUGGUACAGAGAGAGAGGAACAAGCCUCACCUGGGCUGACCACUGCACUGGCUGUUGUCCUCAUCUUCACCAUCAUUGUGGACAUCUUGGGCAAUGUACUGGUCAUACUGUCAGUCCUCAGGAACAAAAAGCUCCGGAAUGCUGGCAACAUGUUUGUCGUCAGUCUAUCUGUUGCAGAUCUGGUGGUAGCAGUAUACCCAUAUCCAGUUAUUCUCAUAGCUAUUUUCCAUAAUGGAUGGACGCUGGGAAAUAUCCAUUGCCAAAUCAGUGGCUUUCUGAUGGGACUGAGUGUCAUAGGUUCUGUUUUCAAUAUUACAGCCAUAGCCAUUAACAGGUAUUGCUACAUCUGCCAUAGCCUGCGGUAUGACAAGGUUUACAACCAGAAAAGCACAUUUUGUUAUCUGUGUCUAACUUGGGUAUUGACUGUUAUCGCAAUUGUGCCAAACUUUUUUGUUGGAUCUCUCCAAUAUGACCCACGGAUUUUCUCGUGCACUUUUGCCCAGACUGUCAGCUCUUCGUACACAAUUACAGUAGUUGUGGUGCAUUUUAUUGUCCCGUUGGCUGUAGUAACAUACUGCUACUUCAGGAUAUGGGUCUUGGUUAUUCAAGUGAAGCACAGAGUAAGACAAGACUCCAAGCAGAAGCUGACAUCGGCAGAUUUCCGGAACUUUUUGACUAUGUUUGUUGUGUUCGUGCUUUUUGCUGUUUGCUGGGGACCUCUAAACUUCAUUGGCCUUGCUGUAGCCAUUAAUCCUUUUCAGGUGGCACCGAAGAUCCCGAAAUGGCUAUUUGUGUUGAGUUACUUUAUGGCUUACUUUAACAGUUGCCUCAAUGCAGCCAUCUAUGGUCUUCUUAAUCAAAAUUUUCGCAAAGAGUACAAAAGAAUACUACUGGCCUUGUGGACUCCAAGACUUCUGUUUGUUGACACAUCAAAAGGUGGGACGGAUGGAGUUAAAAGCAAGCCAUCUCCAGUGGUUACAAAUAACAAUCAGGUUGAUGUGUAUGUUUAA